AUGCCGGAAGGGAAGCCACCCAAUCAGGGUGCCAUCCACGCCGUAGCCACGCCCAAGGGCUCCGGCGAUGGCAUGCCGGUGGCCGCCAUCGGCGGUCCCCAAAUGGCCCAAGAAGGCAACUUUGGGGCCCAAGGAGUAGUGGGUGCACUGCCACAAUCCUCGAUGGCCUUGCCCCCCAGAACACCUGACCAGCCUCCUGGCCAUCGUUGCGUGGGCCCACCCACAUACACAGUGGCACCUGGGCACCAGAUGGCAUACUCGCCCUACCAGGAGAUCGAGGAGCUGCGGAAUAAGAUCCGAUUGAUGGACAAAGAGCAGUUUGAGAAGGAGUUGGAAGCGCGGAGGCAGGUGCGGGAACAGGUAUACCAGGAAGGGAUCAAGAUCGCUGAUGAGUACCAAGGUGAGAUCAACCGGCUGAAGCAAGAACUGUGGCAAAAAGACAUCAAAAGUGCCAAGGACACCAGUCAGCAUAAGCGGGAACUCAGGGAGAGGGAUGCCAAACUUGCCACCUACAAGAAAACCACUGAAGACUUGAAGAGGCAGGCGGUGGAGAUGCAGGAAAAUAUUGCAGCUUUGAGACAGAGGCGGCAGAAGGAGAACGAUGGUUGCUUGAGCUCACCAAGCACCAUGGCAGCAGAGGAAGAAAUCGAGCAGCUGCGAGAAAGGAUGCAAGAGGUGGUGCGCCAGGAGGGUGUGAAGAUUGCCAAGCUUACCAGUGACCAUGAUGCCAACAUGAAAAAGAAGGAGAUGGAAUACAGGGAUGCUAUCAGCCAACUCAAACAUGCAAAUGGCACCCUCCAACAGAAGGAGAAAGAGCUCAGCCGCACAGUCGACCAGCUGAAUCAGAAGAUCAAGGAGCAAGAUGCGAAAUUUGAUGCCUACAAGAAGAGCAUGGAUGAGGUGAAAAGGCAUGUGUUGGAAACCCAAGAGGAAACGAAGGAGCUGAGAGAGAGUAUACAUGACGAGACUGAUGGCAGAGGUAUGUGGAUGGUGUGA